AUCAGAAGCAAGCAGGAAGCAGGAUGCAGCUACAAUUUGAGCAGGUGCAGGAUUCCUUUGUUCUGGACGAGUGGAAGGGCGUCUUUUUUUGAACCUCAAGCUCUCCUAUCAAGCUCUCCUUCUCGCAGGCCUGCCGGCAGAAGCAGAUUUGGAGUCCUGGAGCAAAGCAUUCUACGCCGGCUUUCUCUUUGAAACCAGUUGGCCAAGUGAUUGCACUGCAUUUGACUCUGUUUCAUGCACGUCCACAGGACAGUGAAGCUUUCUCGGCGCAUGCUUCUGCCCCUGAAGAAGCCUUGCGAGACUAGACGUACUGUCAGCUGAGGCGCAUCAAUCUCAUUCUGAUGACCUACAGCAAACCCUGUCAUGGACAGCACCAAUGGCCGUACGCGAAUCACCAUUGAUCUUACCGACGACGACGAGGUGAAGACUAUCGUUGAACCUGCUGGCCACUCCUGGAAAAUGAGCGGGGUCACUGAGGAGCUGUCACCAGCAUCUGGCAGCUUCAAGUAUUCAGCCGUCUCGCUUGCAGGGCGCAACCCUAGGGAGAGGGAUGGUGCAGGCAGUGGCCCCUCAUGUAGCCAGCAAGAGUGGCCGGCGAGUGGCAGCCCCCUGAAUAGAGCAGAAGGCGAUCCCGCUGGGGAGUCCAGCAGUCCACCAGUCCUUUCACAGGAGGUGCGCGACAGGAUUGCUAGGAACAAAGCAGAUGCGCUUGCGAGAAGAGCUGCAGCGAUGCGGAAGAGCGCAGAGCUGCCAGCUGGGACUUCGGGGCAGUGGCAAUCUGCCAAGCGGAGCAGUGACCUUUCAUUUGAGCAACUUGGACCACCAGUCAAUAAAAGGAAUGGGGCCGCCCAUGGAGCGUCAACCUCUACGUGGGAGCCACCAGCCCCAACAGAGGACGUGGCAGAGGCAUCCAAGCCCCGCAUCAUCCUCUCAGCCCAGCAGAUCAAUGUGCUGGAAACCUUGCGGAAGAGAGAAUCGGUGUUUCUCACCGGCAGUGCAGGAACAGGGAAGUCUGAGCUCCUCAAGCAUGCCAUUAAGCUCAUGAAGUCGAUGUACCAAGAUGCGAACGUCUUUGUCACGGCAAGCACAGGCAUAGCAGCUGUCCAUAUCAAUGGAACAACACUGCACUCCUUCGCUGGCAUUGGCUUGGGGAAGGAUAGCAGAGCAACGCUGGUGAUGAAAGCAAGCCGGAGGGAAGCACAACAACGAUGGCUACGAGCAAAAGCCCUGAUCUGCGACGAAAUCAGCAUGGUCGAUGCCGACUUUCUGGACACUCUCGAGUACAUUGCACGGAAGGUUCGGCGGAACGAGGAGCCGUUCGGGGGCAUCCAACUCAUCUUCUCAGGCGACUUUUACCAGCUGCCCCCAGUGUCAAAGGACGGGAAGAAGAUGUUCGCUUUCGAGUCAGACUGCUGGAAGAAGUGUAUCAAGCUGGAGAUGGAGCUGACCCACGUGUUUCGGCAAGAGGACGAGGCGUUCGUCAAGAUCCUCAACGAGGUGCGCACGGGACAGAUGUCGCACGGAACGAUCCAGGCUCUCGAGAACUGCCGCGGGCCCCCACAAGGAGACCUGCGGGACGGGGUGGCGCUCACCCGACUAUAUCCGCACAACGUCGACGUCAAGCACGAGAACGAGAUGGAGCUGCGACAACUGCAAACGGAACGAGUGGUCUACGUCGCCCACGAUUACUCGAGCAGCGACUUCCACAAACGGAUGCUGGACCACUUCCUCGCCGAGCAGCGGCUCGAGCUGUGCGAGGGGGCGCAAGUCAUGCUGCUCAAGAACAUCGAACCUUUGCUGGGCCUCUGCAACGGUGCUCGCGGCAAGGUGCUAGGAUUCACCGACGCCACUGACCCCGAGGAGGAAGCCGCACGGACAGAGCACGUCAAAAUCGUUCCGCACGGACGCUUCCCUGUCGUCUACUUCCCAAACGGCGGCCCCCUUCCACCACCAGAAAAGGAUGAAAAGGCGCAAGCGAAGCGGCCAGGGAUGACCAAAGUGAUCAGGCCCGAGUCUUGGAGUAGCGUGGAGGGGAGCAGGGUCCUGGUGGAGCGGACGCAGAUCCCGCUGAAGCUCAGCUGGGCGCUGUCCGUGCACAAGUGUCAAGGCAUGACGCUGGACAGAGUCGAGACGGACCUCACGAAGGCCUUCGAAAAGGGCAUGUGCUACGUGGCACUCUCGAGGGUUCGCUCACCAGAGGGUCUGCGACUGACGGGCUUCGACCCUCGCAAGGUCAGAGUCGAUGAGAAGGUAAAGACGUUUUAUGAGCGGUUGGCAGAAAAGGGUUCACGUGGAGGGUGAGGACAUGUGAGAAGUUUUUUACACAUGAAUGCGGAGACACUGCUUUCCUGACCUCCGCAUUGGCAUUGUACAUUUGACGGCUGGUUCCUUUGAAUCACAUGCACUUUGCUGGUUCCUUGAAUUACUGGCACAUACCCGCGCUUCCAUCCUUACCAAGCGUGGUCAAUGACGACGUAGCAAUGGUAUU